CCUCACACCUCCACACCUCCACACCCUUCCGCCGGCACCGCCAUGACCGCUGCGCCCUCGACGCCUGCUUCGACGCGCACCACCGUCCUCUUCCACGAUGCAGAACCGCACCAAAGUCCGCCGGCGAGUGCUCGCCUGCGCCCGCUGCCGCAAACGCAAGCUCUCGUGUGAUGGCAAGGUGCCCGCCUGCACGCGCUGUGUUGACGCAGGCGUCGCCUGUGUGGGCUUCGACUCAUCGACGCAGAGGGAAGCGCCCCGCAGCAUCGCGGAUUAUCUCGAAAUGCACAUUGCCAGCCUCGAGGACCCCAGGAGUCCGACAGCGCUCCGGCGCGCAGGCCCCCCAGGCGUUGCCUUCCCUUCUCCGGCCGCCUCUCAUGAGUCUGAAGGCCACUCAGGCCAGUGGGGCGCGGAAAAGUGCACCUACGCCGACAGCCUCGUCAACCAGGUCAUGGAGGACAUCACUCCUUCCUUCCUUGGCAUCUCCAAAACGAGGCCCAUUCUGAGCUGCGUCGUUAAAGGGACCCAGCUUCCCUCUAAGAAGGGCCCUGUGGGAGCUACCGAUCUGGAUGCGAGCCACCCGAGGUCCAUCAUCAAUCCGCAGCCCGCCACGAAUUAUUUAGACAGCAUCGAUCACAAAACCGCGAACGGCCUCUUCCACAACUACCUGGACCGCGUCAUUACGCAAUAUCCCAUCUACCAUAGGAAUCACGUCACUGCUGCUUUCAACUCGAUAUACCACCCUGCCAUCAAUCCCGGUCAGGAUUCUCCGCGAAAUCGCUACAUUGUGAGCAUUAUCAUGGCCAUCUCGCUCUCCACAGCCGCAAGGACUAAGCAAAAGAAGGCGAACAACGCCGCCCACAAUCUCGUUCGACAAGCGAUGCAGUGGAUUCCAGAUGUUGCGACGAACGAUAUUAGCGGACUCCAGGCAAUUCUACUGCUAACCCAGUACAUAUUCCUUAAUCCGACCAUGGCCGAUCUCUGGCUCUUGACUGGCCUUAUAAGCCAGGCUGUCAUUGACCUUGGCCUCCAUCAGGAGCUACCCAACGACGCGAGGAUUUCAGCAUACGAGCGCGACAUGAGGCGGAGACUGUUCUGGUGCGCCUGGGAAAUGGAGGUUGGAGUCUGUUGUAUUUUUACACGGCCCAUCAACCUGGCGAUUCGGAACAUCGAAGUCGCCUUCCCGGUAGAGGUCGACGAUACAGCCAUCACACAAACCGGCAUAGAUCUUAACGGGCGCGUUUCGAAAUUUACAUCGAGACGGAUAUGUCAGUUUCGGCUAAUCGAAGCGGAGAUCUUUUCGGUGCUCUUUCACGGCGAGCCUAUCCCCAAAGAAUGCGCUUCGAUGGAGCAGUGGAUGCAGCGGUGUGAAGCCGCUAUCCUUGCAUGGCGCGCCGAACUAUAUGGAUCUGCGCACGCCAACAAAGACCCCGGUUUUGACGCACGAUGGAAAGAAAUGACGCUGUACUCUGAUAUUGCGGUGCCAUACAUCUUCGUCAACCUUUACCGCCCCUCGCGGCGUAAUCCUUCGCCAACCACCAAUCAGCUGCUGACAGUUUUCAGCAAUGCUGUCAAGGUGGCAGAUGGGUACUGGCAGCAGUCCAACGCCGACUUUGGGAGGAUCAAAUACGUGUUUCACCCUUGUCACCACGUGUUCAACUGUGCCGUCAACUUCCUUCAGGCCCUGCAACGCUGCAAGCAAGAGAUAUCGGAGAGGCACACAUGGUGCGACGUCGAGGAGUGGAUGAGCACCUUCUCCAAGUGCUUCUUGACCAUUGCCGAGCGAUGGACAGCUGCGACGCGCUGUUUGGAAGAAUAUGAGCGUCUGCUGGCGCCUAUCAAGAAAGAGUACGCGGAUUUCCUGGCGCAAAAAGCAAGCAACUUCGUACCACAUCCACAACCCCCUGCGCCUAUGGGAGACGUAGUGGGCGGCCUCUACGGCUGCGCAGCCGCCGACUUCGACGCAUUGAAUUUCUUGACCGCUCUCAACCCAACCACGACCGCCGACGCAACCGAAUCGCUCGGGGCAUAUGCAUACAACCCACCACAUGAUUGGAACACAGAGUUCAGCUUGAACUUCAUGGAACCCAUCUCCGAGAUGGAUCAGAAGUUUGUUCCGACGGCACAGCUUUGAAGCGCGUCGCCUCUUUCGUAUCUCAUUUAUCAUGUCUUCCCAAUAACACAAUAUGGGCGUCAGCUGGGCGGCUCCACCUUGGGCUCUUGGGCGGUAUAUCGGUGUUCUGCGGAUGCAAGGCUUUGGCGGGGUUGCAUUCCCAAGUUGGCAUGCCCAGCACAGCUUUCUGGUUCGAUUGCAGGUAAAUGACGACACACGAUACCAAUUAUUAGGCGACGCGGUCAGUCCGUUUUCCACCCCAACAUUCUUCACAUCUGCUUGUGGA